AGAAACAAUAAAUCAUGUGAUAGUGGAUGAAUCAGGCAGGUUUUGUGAGAGGACAAUCAAGUCAAAGAAUGCCAUUGCCAGGCAAGUUAAAAUGGGGAUUAAUCUAGGGUUUGCCACAUAGAGCAUAGCUGCUCCCUGAUGCGUCACAAAACAUUCAAGUCAAGUUCGCAACAGAUCAGUUUAGUAUUGCUUACCUUCUUAUCAGCUCUCCUCUACUUCCCCCGAUUGCUUUCAGCAGAGAAAUGGAGAUGCAGUGACCUUGAAGUAAGCAGCUUUGGUGUUAUGGAUGGUGACCAAUGGGAUACAACAGCGGAGGAAGUAGACAAUCAUUUGCCAUCUUCUAGCUCAAGUCAAGGGGCCUAUGAGUUGAAUGAUGUGGGAGAAGAUGAAUGGCAAAUGGUGGCCAGAAAAGGAAACCAGUUUGUGAUCAAUGACCAACCUUUCUAUGUCAAUGGAUUUAACACAUACUGGUUGAUGGUGUUUGCUGCUGAUCAAUCUACAAGAGGAAAAGUCACUGAGGUUUUCCAACAAGCAUCCUCAGUUGGUCUAACAGUUUGUAGGACUUGGGCUUUUAAUGAUGGCCAAUGGAGAGCUCUUCAGAAAUCUCCUGGUGUUUAUGAUGAAGAUGUUUUCAAGGCCUUGGAUUUUGUGGUGAGUGAAGCAAAGAAGUACAAGAUCAGGCUCAUAUUAUCGUUGACUAACAACUGGGAUGCAUAUGGUGGAAAAGCACAGUAUGUUAAAUGGGGAAAAGCUACUGGCCUUAAUUUGACAUCUGAUGAUGAUUUCUUCUCGCAUCCAACACUCAGAAGCUACUAUAAGGCUCAUGUCAAGGCGGUACUGAAUAGAGUCAAUACACUCACGAACAUAACCUACAAGGAUGACCCUACAAUAUUUGCUUGGGAGUUGAUGAAUGAACCUCGGUGCACCUCAGAUCCCUCUGGUGAUAAACUGCAGUCAUGGAUAACAGACAUGGCAGUAUAUGUGAAGAGCAUGGAUGCAAAGCACUUGGUAGAGAUUGGAUUGGAGGGAUUUUACGGUCCAUCGGCUCCUGAUAGGGCCCAGUUCAAUCCGAAUUCAUAUGCUACACAAGUUGGAACUGACUUUAUCAGGAACCAUCAGGUUCUUGGUGUUGAUUUUGCUUCUGUUCACAUUUAUGCAGACUCCUGGAUUUCGCUAACAAUCUCGGAUUCUCAUAUCCAAUUCAUCAAGUCAUGGAUGGAAGCUCACAUAGAGGAUGCUGAGAGAUAUCUGGGAAUGCCAGUUGUGUUCGCGGAGUUUGGUGUUUCUUCAAAAGACCCUGGUUACAACACAUCAUUCCGUGACACGAUGAUUAACACAGUGUACAAGACCCUCUUGAACUCAACCAAGAGAGGUGGGAGUGGAGCUGGGAGCCUUCUGUGGCAGAUUUUCCCUGAUGGGACUGACUACAUGGAUGAUGGAUAUGCGAUUGUUCUAUCAAAAUCUCCUUCCACGUCAAACAUCAUUUCCCUCCAUUCAACCCGAGUCGCAAUCUUCAAUUCCAUGUGUUCGUGGAAAUGCAAAUGGGGCUGCAAGAAGAAGAAUCCCUUAGAGGCCCUCUUCUACCAUGAUGAUUUGUAAAAGUACCUCACCAAUCACAACAGAAAAGGGAAGAAGUACAGUAGUCAUGAUAACACCCUUGUUUUAUAGUACCUCCAAAAACAUUAAUGUUGGUGUUGUUAAAUAAAGUGAAUGGCUUAAAGAAAGAAAUUUGUAUUUCACAAGCUGUUAUUGUAUUAUCUGCCAAGCAAUUUUACGUCUUCCACCCUUGGUUUUUCAGUUCAAA